AUGUAAUACUUCUUAUAAUCAAUCGAUCAAUUUGGUUUUGAGUAUAAGCUUCAAAUAUCACCAAUCAAUCCAACAUAAAAAAGUGCUAUGGGUGGAUUAUUAACCCUAACAUUAUAUGGAAUUAGUUUAGCAUAUUUUCUUCUAGAAUUUGUUGAUUGGCAAUAAAAUAAUAAGCUCCCUAAGAUUACUUCUCUAAAAUAACAGAUUGAAGUUAACUAAACUAUUUUUUUGAAAGGUCUGUUUGUUGAUGUAUGUUACUUUUAAAAAAUUAAUAAUUCAAUAGAUCCUUUCGAUCCAAACAAUCUAAUUUUUAAUCCUAUUUUUCAAAUAAUACCAAGCAAUUUUUAAAAUGUACUUUUACUAAUAUUUUUAGAUAUAAAACUUAUCUCUAAGACAUGAAUAAGAAAAAUAAGAAAAUGGAAAAAUUGUUAAUAAAUUUUACAUUGAAGAUAUAACUAUCUCAAGAUCACCACCAACAUCUUCUUUUAUAAAUGCUUAAGAUUAUUCAUUAUCAUUUGGAUUUUGCAAAGAAGAAAGAUUAGUUGAUGGACAAAAGUGUGCUGAUCAAGAUACAAUUUAAAAAUUUCUAAAACAGGAGAACUUCAUUCAGGUAUAAAUAUUUAUUGAAUAAUUUGACCCAAAAGCAAAGCAAUUCAAAAAAGUUCCCAAAUCUUUUGUACUCGAUAUAUAAAAAGGAAGAUUAUUUUUCAAUUAAUUUUUUUUGCAGUCAGGAGAAUUGAUUCUAGAUGAUGGAUUUUUAUUAUCAAAAUCGUAAAAACUAUCUUAUCUAUCUGAUUUAACAGCUUUAAUAUAAAAUUUAGAUUGGGAAUACUCUUAAAAAGUAUUUGGUGAGGAAUUAUUUUCAAUUUUAUAUUUUAAUUUAGAUUAAAUAAAAAUAGUAAAUAUGGUUGAAUAUCCAAAAAUAUCAGAAAUAUUAGCAGAUACAGGUUCAAUAAUAUCUUGGAUACUUUCAAUAUCAUUUAUUGUAUCAAAAUAUAAUGAAAAUAUUUGUUUAUAAAAAACAUAAAAAGAAGUUAUUUAAAUGUAUUAUAAUGAUUUUAUUGAUUUUAAAAUAAAAAAGAAUUUGUUAGGAAAAAUAAAAAGUGUAAAUUAUAAAGAAAAAGAAUAUGAUCCUUAAAAAUCAGAAGAAAUAUUAUAAAAAUUAGAUUAAAUUGUUAUUGAAAAAAUGAAUUAUUUAAAUUUAUAAAAUGAAGUAGCUAAGUAAAUAUUUUUUAUUAAAUUUAAUUUAGAUUAUAAUAAAUUUUAUAAGAACAUUUAGGAUUAGAAAAAAUUAAAAAAUAUUUAGAAUCUAAAUCUAAAUUAGAACUUCUUUUUGAUAAAUUAGGUGUACCUGA